AUGCUGGAAGCGCCCUCUCCUGGAGAGCUGCAGGAGAAGGAAGACGAGGCUGACUUGAAAAGCGAGGCAAUGAUCGUGCAGUCCAGGCACAGCCCGCUCGUAAUGGCAAGGAAAAUGAUAGUCAUCUGGACUUUGGUUUGUGGAGGCCUCAUUUUAAUUCUUUGGGAGACUGUACAAUUUCUCCAUAAGUUUGAAAUUAAAAAUGACUUUAGAAACAAGACGUGCUUAGAAAAUCUAAAGUUAUGCCCCCAUGGCUGGAAGCAAGUGAGAAAGAAUUGCUUCUUUCAAUCUGAAGAAGAAGAUUCUUUGAUACGUCAGCUGCAUGGCUCUUCUUACUGGAUUGGACUGAACAAACACAAGUCACACAAAAUCUGGACAUGGGCAGAUGAAAGUCCGCUGAACCAGUGGUACCACGUGCCAGACCAUGGUGACUGCGCCUUCACACAUCAAAAAGGAUUAGACAGUGCUAAUUAUCUUGAUUUAAAAAAAUUCAUUUGCAGCAGGUUAAGAUACUGCCCUUAA